AUGAAGUGCCUGGAAAAGCUGGAACUGCCCAAACAGAUCAGUGGACAACGCGGUGGCCUUGGCGCUUCACUCUGGAACACUUUGGACACUGACAGAACAUAUGCACGCAUGCUCUUUCUGGAUUACAGCUCUACUUUAAACAUGAUCCAGCCAAUGAAGCUGAUUGUGAAGCUGGCAGACCUUGGAGUGCCGACACUCACCUGUAACUGGAUUUUGAAUUUCCUUACAGGCAGACCACAGGUGGUGAAGAUGGGAAAUAAGGUCUCUGCUGAGCUCACAGUCAGCACAGGAAGCCUUCAGCCCAAAACUCUAUGCCCUUUGAAGGAAGAAAGAAAUGAUGCCAAGCAGAUCGUCAAGUCUAGAAGUUCCGCUAUCUCUGUGUUGUCACCAAUCAACACAUUCUUCUCCCAGGAGCGUUAUCUUGACUCCAUUCUGCUGUCCUUCUCAGAUUAUUACCACAUUUCAAUGUUUUAUGUGACGCCCAAACAAAACGAAAAUUCAAGGAUUGAUGUUCAGACACGUACAAAUUGGAAUGCUCCAAUCAUGUGGGAAAGGAUGUUUAAACCAGAACUCUAUGACAGUUACCACAAAACACAUGGCACCACAGUAGCCAUGACAGUAUUUGCUGUUGGAAAGUACCUGGAUGCUUACCUCAGAAAAUUUUUAAUAUCAGCAGAACUCCAUUUCAUGGUGGGUUUACCAGUGACAUAUUAUGUGUUCACUGAUGUUCCCAAUGAUGUGCCUGUUAUUCAGCUGGCACGAGGUCGAAAACUGAAAGUCAUAAAUAUACAGAAGUAUGACCACUGGCAGGACAUUUCCAUGAUGCGAAUGCGCAGUAUUGCAGAUCUCAUAGAGAUGGAGCUCCAUAACCCAAAUCAGUUUAUUUUCUGUAUGGAUGUUGACCAGGAGUUUGUUGGAAGGUUUGGCUCAGAGGCUCUAGGAGACUCUGUGGCCUUGCUUCAUGCCCAUUUUUAUAAGAGAAGGCUACAAGAAUUCACAUAUGACCGUAACCCAAAAUCACUGGCUUUCAUGGAUGAAGGGGAUUUCUACUACCAUGCUGCUAUAUUUGGUGGCUCGUGGCAGAAUGUGAAAAGGCUGACAGAAACAUGCUAUGAAGCUAUAAUGGCAGAUAAAGAAAACCAAGUUGAAGCCCUUUGGCAAGAUGAAAGCCACCUUAACAAAUAUUUCUGGAUCAACAAGCCAAGCAAAUUACUUUCCCCAGAAUACUGCUGGGACAGGAGCAUUGGAGACCGCAGUAACAUUGUUGUUGAGCGACUUGUCUGGGCACCUAAGCACUACAGCCUACUAAGAACUUAG